ACCGGAAGUGCCGCGAGCCUACAAGGUGGCGGAGCUGGCCCCGCCUGUCGGCUGUAAAGCGGCGGUACCGGGCGCUCGCGGGCUUUCCCGAGAGUCUGUCACUCCAUCUCCCAGGUGCCUCGGGAGCGGCGGCUCUAGCACCGGGUGGCAAGAGGCGGGUCUCGGAGACCUGAGUCCCCCUGCGUUCCAGUGUGGUUCGAGGGUGGUGGAAGGAAGCUCUUUGGAAAGCACGAAAGCUCUUUGGAAGUCGCAGUCAGCAGGCGGAGCCCCUCGCCUUAAUUUUCACCGAAGACGAGAAGACCAAGUCCUACAAAUGUGAAGUGAUUUGCUCAGGGAGCCUCAGAGCAUAAGAAUUGGAGUCCAGGUCACCCCUCUGUCUGCCUGCCACUAGGUAUAAAGGAGUGCCUGAUCAGAAUGGCUGUGGGAUGGUUUUACUUGUCCGUCCUGGUGCUAUGCUCCCUGGGCUUGAUGAGCGUCCUCUCCACCAUCUAUUGGAUGCGGUACUGGCACGAUGGCUUUGCCUGGGAUGGCAGCUUGCUUAUGUUCAACUGGCACCCGGUGCUUAUGGUUACAGGCAUGGUGGUGUUCUACAGUGCUGCGUCGCUGGUCUACCGCCUGCCCCAGUCAUGGGUAGGGCCCAAGCUGCCCUGGAAAAUCGGGCACGCAGCCACUCACCUGCUGGCCUUCAUCCUGACUGUGCUGGGGCUGCAUGCCGUCUUUGACUUUCACAACCAUAAAAAGAUCCCCAAUCUCUACUCCCUGCACAGCUGGCUGGGCAUCACCACCAUCUUCCUCUUCGCCUGCCAGUGGUUCUUGGGCUUUGCGGUCUUCCUGCUGCCCUGGGCAUCUGUGUGGCUGCGCAGCCUCCUCAAACCCAUCCACGUCUUCUUUGGAGCCUCCAUUCUCUCCCUGGCCAUUGCGUCUGUCAUUUCCGGCAUUAAUGAGAAGCUUUUCUUCAGUCUGAAAAAUGGCACCAACUUGUACUCCAACCUGCCCAGUGAGGCUGUCUUUGCCAACUUCUCUGGGAUGCUGGUGGUGGUCUUCGGGCUGCUGGUGCUCUAUAUCUUACUGGCUUCAUCUUGGAAACGCCCAGAGCUGGGGAUGCAGGCUGAAAGACAGACCCUGUUGCAUGGCGGGGAGUGAAGCAGGAAGGGGCUCCCAGGAGCAGUUGGUGGUGCGGUCUGGACUCCUUCAGAAGCUCUGCUCUCCCUGGGGCUCCCGUCUGGUUCCAGACCCAUCUCCCCUCGCCUCUGCAGGGAGCCUGCUCGCUCCACAACUUGCUGCCCACAUGCUCUCCUUGGUGGCUUUGGCUUCUCCACCACUUCUUGGCAUUGACUUCUCAGGUUGUCCGUGUACCCUGGGCCCUCCUUGUUCUGGCCGCUCAUGCCACUCCUGCUCAUAUGAAGUCAAGCUCAUUUCCCCUCACAGCCCUAGGGACGUGGUAGAGAAUCCCGAGAGCUCACAUGAGCUGGGAAUCAAGUGCAGUUCACAGUGUGAAAAGUGAGGGAGCUGAUGCGUCCAUCGGCUUUCCCUUGAAGUUUAGGCCACGGCCCCGGGCCAGGCUUCAUCUGUUCUGUUACCUCCACCCAGCCCCUCUGGACGAGGGGCUGGGCUGGGACACGGCAAGGUGAUGGAGGAGAGGGGAGAAUGGCAGAGCUGCUUCUGCAGAGAAGCUGAGGAGCUGCCUGCUCGUUGCUGUUGUUUCGCGUCACUGCAUUCUGUGUCUGCGUGUGCUGUACGUGCCCUUCUAGCUGCUGCUGCAGCUGGGGCCUGGAUCCUGGCCCUUCCCUGUGACUGACAUGUCUGUCCCUGUCAGCCAGCCCUAUGAACCCUGGUAACCUGCUCUCCCGAGAACAGCCUGUCCCCAGCUGUCCCCUGGAGGAGUAGCAGGGGUGCCUCGGACCUCCUUUCCUUCCCCUUAUUGGGUCCAGGCUUGCCUGCCUGUCCCCAGGCAGGUUCAACCUUACUCUCUCGGCAAGGCCCUCGCCCAGCUAAUUUUGCUCUCCAGCUCACUAUGAAAUGUGCCAAAGUUGUGCUGCGUUGUACCCGGCAGAGCCCUGGGAGCCAUGGCCACCUCCAGAGGCGUUCCUCGCCGAGUAUCACAGUGCCUCACUUGCCCCACAAUGGCUGCUUGCCUGGCAAACCCAGUCUUGGGUGUGAUGCCGGAGCACAAGCCGUUGCCCUUCUCCCGACGGGAGGUGGGUGGCGGGUCUUGCUCCUAAGUUCUGGCACUACCCUUUCCACACCAGCCCUGCCAGGUCCCAGGCCCCAUACUGCUGUGCUCACGGGACAAGUAGCACGACAUCUGGGGUCCCAAGUGGGCUUACUUCCUGGCAGGUGGCCAUGAGGCUGACUGUCCACGCCACCCCACAUGACCAGAUGCUGGCAGGAUGGCUGCGACUGAAACUCCCUAGUGGCUGAAACCCUCAAAAGCCACUGGGAUGACUGUCAGGCAUCUUGGUCACAGGACCAACUCCCGCUCUUUCCACAUGGGUAGGUGUUUCGCAUUUAUGAAGCUUGAUUUUCAUUAAACGUCUUUUUAAGAAUCAAAGCCUUCUCUGCUGAAAUGACACUGUGGUUAAGUGAGCUCUGGGCAACUUGCAAAAGCCUCAAGCUAGUUCUGACCCUCAGACCCGGGGAGGGGAAACCCGAAGGCACCAAAGAUCCACAUGACUGUCUUCCUGGAAUCACAUGUGACUCUUGGUUUGUGUACAUGUCCUUUACAGUGAAUGGCCUUUGAGCACUUGGUUAUCUUACCAGGAAGGAUAUGUUUCCUAUUUAUAAUCUGAAACACAAGACUCAAAAAGGGUAAGUGACUUGUCUGAGGUCACAAAGGCAGGAAAUGGCAGAGUUGGGAUCCACAGGCCAGGUGUCUAAUGCCAGAGUUUCCUUCCCAGCUGCUGGGUGUGCAUCUGUGCACACUGAUAACUGUGCCCUGUGGUCAGCGACCUGUGGUGUUGCUGAUGGACGGGGGACCAUGGGCAGGGAAAGGGAAGCCAACGGGUUGAAGCCUGCAGCCAAGUUUGAGCAAAGUAAGUGGUGGCCCCCUUGCCAGAGCUGAGGCCACCUGGUGGUGGA